AAUAUCCAUUUCCUCUACUCCAACCUCCUAGAAAAAAAAAACAAAGGAAUACAGAGGAAAAAAAAAAACAAUGGAGCGAGGAAACCAUGGACAAGAAGCAAGAGGAAACCAUGGACAAGGAGCAAGAGGAAACCAAGGACAAGGAGCAAGACAAGAACCGAGGAACAUGCCGUUAAACAGCAAUGUGUUGGAAACUAUAAUGAGGAUCGAGGAGAAUAGGGCAAGGGGAGGAAGGCCGCGUGUCGAAGGCGCAACUUCUCUCUUCUACGACCAUACCAGCUCGCCUCGCUACAAUUGGCUGCUCCCUGGCUGGGUUGUCGAAGAACGAACCAUGCCCACCGGCAGAGUUUAUCGAAUUUACUAUGAUCCAUUUGGCAGGGCUUAUGCAACCAAAAGCGAAGUGAUUCUGGCGUGGGAGCAAGCUGGUCUGCAUGUCGUGAAUCCUUAGACUGACCGAUUGAGGCAGAUUAUGAUUAUAGUUACAUGUGGUGAACAAAAAGGAGAGAUUGAGCAGUUGGAUGAAAAAUCAUAUUGUUAACUGUAAUCACAAAUCAUGGUCCUAAUUGAUUGAAUAAAAUGGGAGAAAUGUU